UUGUUGGUGUUUAGUUGAAGAAGACUGCUACUGCUCAGUGUGGAUUAUAUUGUGUUUGUGGAGACGUUGUGUAAUGAUGUGGACUACAGCGUCCUCUCUCAGUGAUGCUCAGAUAGCCGUGUGUCGUCUGCUUCAUCACGGCCCGAGACCACAGGCCACCCUGAGACCCCUGAACCUGGAACUUAGUGUCUAUGUUGAAAUGAUUCGCACCAAACCAAAAUGCAGAAUGGAGGCGUCAUGUUUGGAGUUGGCAUUGGAGGGUGAGCGGUUGUGUAAAGCAGGGGAUUUUAAGGGUGGUACAGCUUUCUUUGAAGCCGCUGUUCAGGUGGGAACAGAAGAUUUAAAGACCCUCAGUGCCAUUUACAGUCAGCUGGGAAACGCUUACUUCUACCUGAAAGAGUACGGCAAAGCUCUGGAGUAUCAUCGACAUGACCUGACACUCGCUCGAACGAUAGGCGAUCGCAUCGGGGAGGGAAAAGCCAGCGGGAAUCUGGGAAACACGUUGAAGGUUCUGGGCCGAUAUGAUGAAGCGGCUGUUUGCUGUCAGAGACAUCUGGACAUUUCUCAAGAACAAGGAGACAAGGUGGGUGAGGCGCGGGCGCUGUAUAACAUUGGAAACGUCUUUCAUGCCAAGGGUAAACAGCAGCUGUGGGGUUGUUCACAAGAUCCAGGAGAUCUUCAUCCUGAUGUUCGAGACACAUUACAGCGAGCUACAGCCUUCUAUGAAAUGAAUUUGUCUCUGGUUAAGGAGUUAGGAGACCGAGCUGCACAAGGACGAGCUUUUGGUAACCUUGGUAACACUCACUACCUGCUGGGUAAUUUUGUUGAUGCCAUCAAGUUCCACAGAGAGCGUCUCUCCAUCGCCAAAGAAUUUGGAGACAAGGCAGCCGAGCGGCGAGCGUACAGUAACCUAGGCAACGCUCUCAUUUUCCUUGGCCAGUUCAAUGCAGCCACAGAGUAUUACAGGAAAACUUUGCAGCUCUCUCGUCAGUUGAAGGAUCAGGUGAUGGAAGCUCAGGCGUGUUACAGUCUGGGAAACACGUACACAUUACUGCAGGAGUAUGAGCGAGCUAUCGACUAUCAUCUUAAACAUCUCAUCAUCGCUCAAGAGCUCGCCGACAGGGUUGGAGAGGGUCGGGCGUGUUGGAGUCUGGGUAAUGCUUAUGUUUCUUUAGGAAACCACCGUCAGGCUUUACACUACGCUAGAAAACAUCUGGACAUCUCCAGAGAGAUCGGGGACAGAAACGGAGAACUGACCGCCAGGAUGAACGUGGAGGAGCUGAUGGAGUUGGUUGGUGUAAAGGACGCUGAUCUUUCUCCAUCUGAUGCUGAGUUUACAGUUCAGGGAGCCAGACCCAAAUUCACAAAGAAGAGCAGCAUGGACAGUGUUGAUCUCUGGAAGAAUGGAGAUGCUCCAGAUGUUGAUGGUGCAGUGAAAAGGUCAAAGAAUCAUCAGUCUGAAUCCAACAGAAGAGAAUAUACAGACAGCCAAUCAUCAGACGAGAGACAGUGGUUUGAUUCACCUGUGGAUACUGAUGACAUCACUGUUCAUGUCACACCUCCACAGAAGCUGAGUCGAGAUCAUUCAGAUGAGGAUUGUUUCUUUGACCUGUUGAGUAAAUUUCAGAGCAGUCGUAUGGACGACCAGCGCUGUAAUCUGGACGAUCGUCCCAACGGUGAGAACACAGGAGCUGCAGAUACAAACUCUCUGAAUGAUGUCAUCGACACGAGUCUUCUGACGUCUCCUCAGACUGAGGAACUCUUUGAUUUGAUCGCGAGUACUCAGAGUCGUCGUCUGGAUGAUCAGCGGGUGAACGUCGGUAAUCUGCCUGGACUCAGAAUCACACACAAUAAUCUGGGUCAUCUGUGUGGAGACGGUGAUCCUCAGGAGCCCGGUGAUGACUUCUUCAAUAUGCUCAUCAAAUGUCAGUCGUCCAGGAUAGAUGACCAGCGCUGUUCUCCACCUGAAGGAGGUCCACGAGCUCCCACCGUCCCCGAUGAAGAUUUCUUCAGUCUCAUCCAAAGAGUCCAAGCCAAGAGGAUGGACGAACAGCGUGUACACUUGCCAUCAGACGAGGACGAGAGAGACCCUACGGCUUCUGAUUCGGGAUAAAUCCACACGGGCCAAAUACUGCAGUGGACUACAUGAGUGAAAAUCAUCCUUCAUACAGUAUUUUGCAGACACACUUGAGACAUAAACACAAGUGCCAUCUCAGUGUUUCUCCUUUGGUGCUUUAAUUAAAGCCAAUCAUCUAUUGAUCAUACAGUACGGUACGAUACGAUUCCUCAUCACACGUCAUGUGAUGCUGACUGAAGCUCUUUCUCUCGAUCAAUAGAAAACAUACACAAACUUUUCUUUAGCACCUUUAAUACGACUGAGUGAAGUCAGAAUCUGCUCCAGAUGGGUGAUGAUGAUGAUGAUGAUGAUGGUUUGUGAAUAAGAUGAAUGCUAUGCUAGUGUAAUUUACUGUGCACAAGCGUGUCGGUCGUAUUAAACUUCUUAACUGCCUUAACUGCAGACUCUGAUUGUAUUUGUUGAUUUUGGGAUUUUUAUAAGCACUUGAAGGAGUUUUGCUCUGGUUUUACUGUGUGUUUAGUGACAGUAUUAGUGCAGUAAAAUCACACGAGCCGCUAACUUCUGUGCUUUAACAUCACUGCUAACAUCAUUGUACAAUAAAUGAAGACAUGAGG